ACCGACCCAAAACCCAAGAUCCCCGCCCGCCGCGUGGACGCAGCGAGUGGAGGAGCGGCGGCGCGCGGGACUGAGAUACCUAUCCCUUGCUCCAUUCCACGACGCCGCUUCUCCCUCGCUCUCCGUCUCCCAUUGCCUACAGUUGAGUAAAUCCAAUAGCCUGUCUCUAAUCGAUCGAUUCCAUUCCGGUCCUGUCUUAUCCUCCUCCAUUAUUAGUUCCCGAAGGAUCUUUCUCGGGACAGAAAAAGUGCGAGGCGGUCGGUCGAUCAAGCCCGAACACUUAGUUUUUGUGCGACCGAUCCUGCUUCUUCAAUAUUAAGCAAGGCAACUUGUGCCCUUCCUUUCUGUCAACACAAAUUUGUAGGUUUUCUUGAAUCAAGAAAGCUGUCAUUGCGAGUUCGUCCAGCAAGAUACUGAGGGUUCAACACAGUGGUGUGCUUUAGGUGAAGAUAUAUAGGUCGGCCAGGGAAUCUGAUGGCGUUUUCUUGUUCUAACUUUGGAUUGUAUAAUUCCACUUAUUUACAUGGUGAUGGCUCUGCUGGCAUCAAAUUUUGGAGUAGCCAGAGUAGGAAAGGAGGAGUCGAGGUUAGGGGAUUUGGGUUUGAAAGAAUUCCUGCUGCUGCUGAGUGCAGUUUGUUUUUGAAAACGACCACCUUUCCAGCUUCUUUUAGAGUUGAGAGAAGUGGAGGUGGUGUUUGCUCGAAGAAGAGGAAAUGGGGCUUUGAGAUCAGGAGUGAGUUGCAGCAUCCCAUCGAAGCAAAUUCCACGGAUACGUCAAUCACUAUUCCACAGGAGGGAGGUGAUGUCUCUUUAAAAAAGGAAGCUAGGGUUCUGGAAUCAAACGAUCAUCCAAACCUUGAUUUUGGAAAUGGAGGCAUGGAUCAUCCUGAUGGAUCUGGUGGUAAUGGAAAAUUUCCACCGGGCCGAUGGGGAGGUGAUGGUGGCAGAAAUGAUGGUGAUCACGAAAACAAUAACAGAGAAGAGGAUGAGUUUGGGCCAAUACUAAAGUUCAGUGAAGUGAUCAGAGAGGCAGAGAAGCAGGGGGCCAGUCUGCCUCCCGACAUGUUAGAAGCUGCAAAAACUGUAGGGAUCCAAAAAGUACUUCUUUUGAGAUACUUGGGAUUGCAGGCAUCAGCUUGGCCUCUAGGUUUUGCAAUGAAGUCCUGCUCACUCCUCCGGAACCGAAUGCUUGCUGAUCCAUCCUUCCUUUUUAAAGUUGGCACAGAGAUAAUUAUUGACUCUUGUUGUGCAACAUUUGCUGAAGUUCAAAAGAGGGGCAAGGAUUUCUGGGCAGAGUUUGAGUUGUAUGCUGCAGAUCUUGUGGUAGGUAUAGUUGUUAAUGUUGCUUUAGUGGGUAUGUUAGCACCAUACGCACGCAUUGGGCAGCCAUCUGCUUCACAAGGAUUUUUUGGAUGCAUAACACGAUCUUAUGGAGCUCUGCCUAGCAGUGUUUUUGAAGCUGAAAGACCAGGAUGCAAAUUUUCAGUUCAUCAACGGAUUGGAACUUACUUUUACAAGGGUCUUUUAUAUGGUUCAGUUGGAUUUGCAUGUGGUAUCAUAGGGCAAGGCAUUGCCAAUUUGAUUAUGACUGCCAAACGGAGUGUAAAGAAAUCAGAGGAAGAUAUUCCUGUUCCUCCUCUUGUUAAAAGUGCUGCUCUAUGGGGGGUGUUUCUUGCUGUUUCUUCUAAUACUCGCUACCAGAUCAUUAAUGGAUUAGAACGCCUGGCUGAGGCAUCACCUUUAGCCAGACGUGUCCCUCCUGUUGCAAUGGCUUUCACAGUCGGUGUUCGCUUUGCCAACAACAUUUACGGGGGAAUGCAGUUUGUGGAUUGGGCUAGGUGGAGUGGUGUUCAGUGAUGGGGAGUGUGCUCACGUUCCAUGCGAAGUAUAACCAGAUGCUAGUUUCUGAAUAAAUGCUCUUCCGUACGGCAGCUUCUUCGUGGAGAUGGAUGAUGAGAAAGUUGCGGCUUCAUCAUUUUCAUUUGUAGCCAAAAAGUAGAAUUGCUAGUCAUGCUGGUGUUACAAGUAUGCUUUUUAUCAUAACAAGUAUUAACAAUAUUCUUCAAAUUAUUGGUAAAAUCUUGAAUUAUUCGUCAUUUAUACAUUGACCGAGAUGUUCUCUGAAAAAUUCUCAGGCUAUUAAUUAAUUUAUGUACGUUUCAUGAAUCUUA